CAGGGGUGUCAAACUGGCGGCCCUCCAACUAUUGCAAAACUACAAGUCCCAUUAUGCCUCUGCCUUUGGGAGUCAUGCUUGUAACUGUCAGUUUUAUGGAGCCUAAUGUUAGAGACUCAUGCGUUAGGGCAGGGGUGUCAAACUGGCGGCCCUCUAGCUGUUGCGAAACUACAAGUCCCAUCAUGCCUCUGCCUUUGGGAGUCAUGCUUGUAACUGUCAGUUUUAUGGAGCUUAAUGUUAGAGACUCAUGUGUUAGGACAGGGGUGUCAAACUGGCGGCCCUCCAGCUGUUGCGAAACUACAAGUCCCAUCAUGCCUCUGCCUUUGGGAGCC